CCCGGCCUCAUUCAGAGCACAUGAUGGAUGGUGAUCACAGGAUGGGUGACGUGGUGCUGAGCGCAAGUCCCCAGCUGGAGGUGCCAAGCGCAAGUCCCCAGCGGGAGGAGACAGAGAUGGCAGGGCCACGCAGGGUGUCCCUGGGAAGAUACAAAGGGAAGGCAUCACGGACUCAGCGCAGGGUGGGGAGGCAGCAUGGGAGCCCCAUUGGGAAAAGGCAGGUGGAAUCAGCCCCUCCCCUACCAGACUUGGGGAAGCCCGAACCCCAGCCCAGGCCUUUCAAAUGUGCUGAGUGUGGGAAAACCUUUUGCCGCAGCUCUGACCUGCUGAGACACAAGCGGAUCCACCGGGGGGACCGGCCCCACCACUGCACUGAGUGCGGGAAAAGCUUCGUCCGGAACUCCCACCUCCUGAUCCACCAGGUGAUUCACCGUGGCGAACGCCCCUUCACAUGCAGCGAGUGUGGAAAGAGCUUUAGCCAGAGCUCCACCCUAACAAGACACCAGCAGAUCCACACUGGCGAGAAACCCCACCGCUGCCACCAGUGUGGCAAGAGCUUUGGGCGCAACUCCAACCUGACGAGGCACCAGAGGCUCCAUGCGGCCGAGCGGGUCUACCGGUGUGCGGGAUGCGGGGAGGCCUUCCGCAGCAGGGGUCUGCUCAUUUCUCACCAGCGGUGCAGCAAGAAGGAGAGGCCAGAGGCUUGCAGAAAGCGCACAGCGCCAGCUUAGUUGGGGACAAGAGGCAGAGUUUGCUAUAACAAGGUGUUGUGAUGCAGCUGGGGGUUCCCAGUACAUGUGAGAUGGGGAUGGCCCCAGCACCACAAUUUAACAGCAGUACCGCAAUGCAGAGAUGAUGGGACUACUGCAUUGUUCUCCUGGAUAGAGAAGGAGACAGGUUACCCAGCUACAAAAACACUAUGUCUGUCUCACCUUAGCAUUGUUCUUCUAUCCAACCCCAGACAUGCUUUAUCUAAUCUAUCUAUCUAAUCAUAUGUUCCCCCACUCUCUCUCUCUCUCUCCCUCCAUCCAUCACUCCCUAUACACACCAUCCCCUUGUCUGUCCAUCCAUCCAUUCCAUAACAACAUAACAAGCCCCUCCAUCUAUUCAUCCAUCCGUCCCCAUAAACACUACACUGUCUGUCUUUCCUUAGCCCUACUCUUCUACCUGUUCAUCCCCCUACUGCCCCUCUGUCUUUUUAUCACCAUAUGCACCUAUCUAUCUAACUGUCUCUCCCCAUACAUCUCACCCCUCUGCCUGUCCAUCCACCCCCUAACGCACUCCAGGCAUUCACCUGCCCUGAAUCUCAUUCUGAUCAUCCUGCCAGAUAGAUUAAGCGGACUACGAGCUUGGAUACGAUCCCAGCUGGUUGAGACUCCAGCCCAGUGCACCAACGGGAUUGCUAUGGGAUUUUCAAAGCUUUUGUUUCCAGGCUUCUACAGCUGAGUAGGUUGUGGGAGGUUGACUGGUGGCAGACUUAAUUUAUGAUUGCUAUUAUUUAUAGUACAGUUGUGCUUGAAAGGUCCCAUGGAGAUUGGGGCCCUGUCAUGUGAGGUCCUGCACAGACACAUCUAUCUGAGGGACAUAUGGCACCCAUCGCUGUAGUAUCUGAGCGCUUUGCGUGGUGACAGAGAUCAGGGUCUGGCCAUGCUGGGCAGUGCACAGACACACAACAAGCAGGGGCUGCAAAGCACACGAUGAAUGAUAUGUUGGCUCUGUUGCUGCCAAGACGCACUGUGGCCGAGAUUAAGGCUUCAUUGUUCCUGGUGCUGCAUCGACACACGGUGACUGAGGUUGGGGCCCCCUGGCUGCACAGACACAAAGUGAGAUACAGUCCCCGCUCAAAAGAGCUCACUGUCUGAAUAAACAAAGAGUGGGCCACCGAGGGGACUUGUCCAAGGUUAUAUAGCACUUCAGUGAUAGAGCCAAGAACAGAACUCAGGUCUCCUAUAUCCUGCUCAGUGCCUGGCCUUUCACUUUGUGUGAUAUUUGGGUGAUAUCAGCGGGUUGGUUUGGAAAAAGCUGGUGGGGUGCGUAGAGUCCCAGCUGUCAGGGCGGGACAAGGAAAACAAUGUUAAUACAUUGGAAACAAAAUAAAUGUACUAGUUGGGAAUACACAAAGAUGCCCCUCCUUGGAAAUCCCACCUGUCUGAUGGUUUGGUCUCUGUCCCAACACUCCCGACCUGUCUGCAUAACAAUUGGGACAAUCUGUAACAGCAAAGACAUUAACAACCCCAAAGACAGACUCCGAGGAGGAAGGCUGAGCUUUCUACAGCUGCAUCUUCACCGCCUCUGCAAGGAAAUCAAGGUUAGU